UGUAGUUUCCCUCUGACGUUUCAUGUGCUGGCAGGUAUUCAGAUAUGUGGUGUAUGUGCGUGUGAAUUUAUAAGUCCAGAGCGUUCUGCAGCAGAGGACCAGGAAACAAGCACAGAUAUGAAGGAGAGUAGUGGAGUUUUUUUGGCAUGGAAAGUGCUCCUGGUGGGGAUCUGUGUGCUGCUGUUCCUGAGCUCUGCAGGUCUAGUGUUUCUGCUGGUUCAACAGAAAGAGCUGAUGGAGGAGCUGGUCAGGUUGGAUACCCAGAUGCAGGAGCUGUCACAGAACUGCAGGCUGCACUCAACAAUCCUGCCUCCCGACCCUGUAGACACUGGAGACCUGAAGAAGCUCCACCGCAGCAGAAGGCACCAGGACGGAGCACCGACACAAAGCCAUGACAAGGAGGACAUGCUGAUGAUGAUGACAUACUCCAUGGUUCCUCUCAAAACCUUCAUAGAAAUGUGUAAUACCUCUGGAGGAGUUUGUUUAACAGGUCCACCUGGACCUCCAGGUUUGCCUGGUAGAGCUGGUUCACCAGGACCACAGGGUGUGUCGGGGCCACAGGGGAGACGAGGAAAAAAAGGACCCCCUGGUGAAAAAGGAGACCCAGGACCUAAAGGAGAUCCUGGGCCUCUUCUACUGAAAGGCGAAACCUAUGACAUUCUCAUUGAGGGUCCUCCAGGUCCAAGGGGUCCACCUGGUCCACCAGGCCCACCUGGUCCAGCCUGUCCUGCCUGUUACUUCGAUGAAGUGAGAAACAAGACCAUCAGAGAACACACUCAUGAAACCAACAUGUCGAUGGAUUCAUCUCCUCCUUUCCUGACCAGAGAAGCCUUGAAUGAAACAGACACAGAAAACAUUAGCAGCUCGACAAAUAACAAGACUGAAUCACCAACACCACAUUCAGCUGAUGUGUCGAAUGUUACUGAUUCUGCAAAAAGUCCAGACACAGAACUGAACUUUGAGUCGGUAUCACUUCAUCCAGACUACAGCCAUGACACCUGGAAUGAUACAGACACAGAAAAUGUCACAGAGGUACCAGUACAAUUAUCAACAGGUGGGAAAUACUUCACACUUUCUGUAGACCUGGAUCGCAACAGCACUGCCUUCAAUGGCACUGAACGUUUCACUGAUUCUACCAUGAAAAGUGAGUUAGCAUCGCCUCCUCCAGACUACAGACACGAUACCUGGACUGAUACCAACACAGACAGCGUUACAAAGGCACUAGUGUUAUCAACUACAACUCCAGCUCUUAAUGCCAAGGAUGUCUUGAAUGUUACGGACUCUGAGAAACAUCCAGGCACAUAUAUGGAAUUUGAGUCGGUAUUAUUUCAUGCAGACUACAACCACGACUCCUUGAAUGACUCCUACACAGAGAAUAUUACAGAGACACCAAUAAAAGUAUUAAGAGCCCCACUUUCUGAGGACCAGAACAGAAACGCUUUCAAUGGCAGUGGAACCACUGUUGACAAACCCACAAGAAGUGACUCUUCAUAUUCACCUCAGAACAGCAGCAAGUUAAAUUUAACUGGCAGAGAGAGCUGGACAACAACUGAAUCUCCAACACCACAUCCAACUGACAGUAACAGAGAUGCUUUUACUGUUGCUGACCAUGAGAAACCCCUAGGCACAAACAUGGAACUUGAGUCAGUGUCAUCUCACCAAGACAAUAGCCACAGUACCUUGAAAGACACCAACACAGAGAAUGCUACAGAGGCACCAACAGCAUUAUUAAAAGCUUCAUUUUCUGUCGACCUGCCUCAAAAGACGGACACCACCAAUAACAGUGGAAACCUCACUGAUACAGCCAUGAAUACUGACUCUUCCUCUCCUCUGCAGAACAAGAAGAUCAAUGUGAUAACCACAGAGAGAUGGGCAAAGACUGAGUGCGAUAUUAAAACUAUAAAAUGCUCAGAGAAAGCCACUAAAAUGCAAAGCACCUUUGGAGCCUGGAUGUCAGAUGUAUCACAGCUGGGUGACGGUCCGUACUGGCUGGCCGACCAUUUUUCAGGUCGAGUUUUGGUGGAGUAUAGGAACAUUUCUGAGUUUCACAGAUCAAACGGCAAAACCAUAGAUGUUGGGAGGUUCUACCAGGGGUGUGGUCAUGUUGUUUACAAGAGGUCAUUUUACUUCCACAAUGGAGGAACCAACAGGCUCAUAAAAUUUGACCUGAACACCAGGAGAACAAGCACUCUGAUCAUGGCAAACAGCAGAUAUCACGGCCUGGCUUAUCUUUUCCAAAACUCAAAGACAUAUUUCAAGUUUGCUGUGGAUGAAAAUGGAUUGUGGGUCAUUUUUGCGUCAGACACAGAUGAUAGUACGAUGGUUGCAAAGCUCAACCCUGACACAUUCACUGUGGAGUUCAUCAUUAACACUGCUUACCCCACAACUAAAGCAGGAAAUGCUUUCAUUGUAUGUGGAGUGCUUUACUUUACAGAUGACAAUGACAGAAGAGUGACAUAUGCCUUUGAUUUAAAGAAAGCGAGUCCUUUUUAUGCAAGUUUUGAUUUAAGGCCAGCUAGUGGCAUAUUGGCUAUGCUGUCAUACUAUCCCAACAAGACGUUUUUGUAUAUGUGGGACAACAGCAGUGUGAAAACCUGCAGAGUUAAGCUCAAAUUCAUCUAAAAAUUAUCCAAACCUUUGUA